GCCGACCAAUCAGAGUGCACUAAUCGCUUGUGUGUUGUUUUGGUGUCUCGCAUUUUGAACUUGAAGUUUGAAAAGCCCAAAACUGACAAAAUUCAGGAAAAACCGGGCAAGUCCCGCAAAUUUGAUCAGGGAGCUGGAGUGGAAAACGACUAAUUAAGAGGCUGAUAAUUACAAGUGGUUUUUGCACAUCAGGAUGGCAUCCUCAUCUUACCAUCCUCUAACUAAUUUGCUGCUGUUAGACACCUCAGAUGACAAGAAGAAAAAGUAUCAGCAUGCUGUGCUAAGCUUGGAUAGAUGCGCCCAAUCUCUGUCUAGCACUGGGAUUUCGAAAAAUUUGGAGAUUGCAAUAAGGAAUGCCUCCGUCGAGAAUGCAGAGCUUUGUAAGGAUUUGGUUGGGAAGAGAAUAUUUCUCUCCUGCCUUGAGAAAAGUGCUUUGGAACUGAAAGAAUCAGCAGAUCCAAUUAUUCAUCACGAUGCAAAAAAUUUAUAUGCGUAUCUUUUGACAUCUAAUGAUUCAAGCCAAAGACUCAUGCAACUGAUGGGAGUACAAAUUCCAAAGCCUGAUUUGAAUCCACGUACUGUUCACAUACUGCAGCUUUUGAUGGGAGAAAAGAUAAAGGAAAUGAUGAACUUGUACACAAUAUAUAACCCUACCAGAAUGACAACGUUGCAAAUCGAUGUCAGGAACAAAGUGUUAAAAAUAUUUGAUUUAUUAAAUCACUGCAGCAAAGUUUUGGACAAGAAUACCAACAAGGCAAUGUCAAAUGAGAAGAAAAAACUGGCCAUUCUUCAUGACAAGACCAGAGUUUUGAUGAAACAGCACCAACUGCAGUAUUUCACAUUGAAAAAACACCAGAUUGAGAUUUGUCAAAAGAUGCUUGGCCCUCAAGGUCCUGAAAACAUGCAGAUGAUCCUGGCAAAAUUAAAGCACGAGCACGAGGAAAAGGUCAAGAGUAAUGAAGAGAAGAAGAAAAGACUGGAACUAUUUGAGGGUCUCGGGGCCGAGUACAAGAUUUUGGCCGAGAAAUACGCCGAGUUGGAAAAGAAGAUCAAGUACACUAAAAUGUCGCUCAACCAAAUGGAGUCAAUGUUCAAGUAACUUCGUGAUAAGUUUUUAGCAACUAAAACAAAGUAAUCUCAUAAUUUGCAUUUUAAAUUAUUGUUUCUAUAUUUAAAAAUAAAAAUUGUACAUGAA